GCUCCUCCUCCUCCUGUGCCGGCCUGUCACCAGUUCACUGCUGCUGGGGAAGAGGAGAGAGCAGCUGGAAUCUGCCCCGUUUUACCUUGACCUCCCGCUCGGUUCUAGCUGCUGUCCAGCCGAACCCGCUUCGGACAAUGACCCUGUGGCGAUUUCUGCUGACCUGCUCGGCUCUGUGGAGAGCGGUAGCCUGGGCCAGGGCAGCGGUGCCUGCCGUUCCUCGAGCAGCAGCUUCCGACGGGAUCCCCUUCGAGUAUCACCGGUACCCGGAGCUGCGUGAAGCGCUGGUCGGUGUCUGGCUGCAGUGCCCCAGCAUCAGCCGCAUCUACACGAUCGGCAAGAGCUUCGAGGACCGGGAGCUGCUGGUCAUUGAACUGACCGACAAUCCCGGAAAGCACGAACCAGGGGAGCCAGAAUUUAAAUAUGUCGGCAACAUGCACGGGAAUGAGGCAGUGGGCAGAGAGCUGCUUGUUUUCUUGGCACAGUACCUGUGCAAUGAAUAUCAAAAAGGAAAUGAAACAAUUGUCAGUUUGAUUCACAGCACGCGGAUACACAUCAUGCCUUCGAUGAAUCCUGAUGGCUUUGAAAAAGCAGCUUCACAGACCGGUGAUCUCAAGGAUUGGUUUGUGGGUCGCACCAAUGCACAAGGAAUAGACCUCAACAGAAAUUUUCUCGAUCUUGACAGGAUUGUCUAUGUGUAUGAAAGAGAAGGAGGGCCCAAUAACCAUCUUCUGAAAAAUAUAAAACUCUCUGUGGAUAGAAACACAAAGCUUGCGCCAGAGACCAGAGCCGUCAUUCACUGGAUCAUGGAUAUUCCUUUUGUUCUCUCAGCCAAUCUUCAUGGUGGUGAUGUUGUAGCGAACUAUCCCUAUGAUGAGACUCGCACUGGUUCUACCCAUGAAUAUAGUGAGUGCCCAGAUGAUAAGAUUUUUAAAAGCCUGGCUGAGGCUUAUGCUUCUUUCAAUCCAGUCAUGUCUAAUCCCAAUAGACUGCCGUGCCGCCAGAAUGAUGAUGAUACCAGCUUCACUGAUGGAAUAACCAAUGGAGGAGCCUGGUAUAAUGUUCCAGGGGGUAUGCAAGACUUCAAUUACUUGAGCAGCAACUGCUUUGAAAUCACACUGGAACUAAGUUGCCAAAAGUUCCCACCAGAAGACACACUCCCACAGUAUUGGGCAGAGAAUAAAGACUCUCUCAUUAAUUACAUUAAGCAGGUGCAUCGUGGUGUUAAAGGGUUUGUCCGAGACCAUCAUGGGAAUCCGAUUUCGAACGCGACUAUAUCUGUGGAAGGCAUAAACCAUGACAUCACAUCUGCAAAAGACGGUGAUUUCUGGAGGCUUUUGGCUCCUGGAAACUAUAAAAUCACAGCUUCUGCACCAGGAUAUCUAGCAAUAACCAAAAAAGUGGCAGUUCCUCUCAGUCCAGCCGUACUGGUUGAUUUUGCUCUUGAAUCAUUUUCUGAGAGAAAAGAAGAGGAGAAGGCAGAAAUAAUGGAAUGGUGGAGGAUGAUGUCCGAAACACUGAAUUUUUAAACAGAAGGCUUUUGCUCCUUUUCAACCACAAGCUUUACUGGGAAUUGGGUGGCGUAUCGAUUAUUUUUUAGAUGUCAAAUUAUUUUCCUGUGUUUUAAUAUUAUUUGAGUACAGUAGGAAGUGAAGACAUUAUGUGAGGUGAAUAAUCUGGUGUCCCACCUGCCUUUUUCAAGCCACUUCUUCAGCUGGAAAAAAUGCUGCCAUUUGGUGGAGAUUCCAUUUUGCUCAUCUUAUUCAAAGAUCCUUCCCUCUUAGACAGUUUUAGAUAAUGGUGGUCACUGUUAAUGUGUCUUUGUAUCUCUGUUAUACUUCAUCUAGAGAUCCCAAGUAAUGUGUCAUGACUAACCAUACAAGGGCUUGUUCGGAAAGAAAAGGAAGAAAAAUACUUGCAUUCAUCGUGUGUUUUUAAAAUUAGGAGUGUAAUGUGCUCACAAAUGUACAUAACUGAAAGUAUUCCAAGUAAAGAGUUAAGUCGGUCCGAGAUUUUGAGGUAAAAGGAUACGAGCAUGUCAUGUUGUCUGUGAAUUUCAGAGUUGUUGUUACUUAGUGUGUGAACAUGCUAAUUUUCUGUGAUGGUUUGAACAUGACAUGAAAAUUUAAUCAACCCAAUGGAAACGGGACUUUCCACAGCAAAUUGCAAAACUAUGAGACUGAACACUUGGGAGACAAAACUAUUUUUCUCUUCUCCAGAUUGUGAAACUAUUUGUGCAACACAGUUCCAACUUCUGUUGCAUCUAAAUUUAUGAAAUUCACACUGUUUCCCAGUAAUGAGAAAUAAUUUAAUGGUUUAACUUAUAAUUUUAGGGAAUAUAAAUGUAUUAAAUAGUGCGUAAAGAGUGCGAUGCAGUUGAUGUAUUCUCUUAAAAAUUCAUUUUGCAGUUAAGGGCAGUACCAUAUGAUUGUAAUGGGAAUCUGACAUGCUCUGUCCUUUUAACCAUCUAACAAUAUGAUAUUCAUGGCAUUAGUGUCUCAUUAUUUUAGAAAGUGAUUUCAGACCAGUAUACAGGAUAAUUCUCCAUUGCAUUAAAACAAUGUUGGAGUGUAAUAGUAUGUCUUGUUUCUAAACUGGAACAUUACAGUGUUACCUCAAAAGUAGAUAAGUGAAGCAGCUGCAUAUAUUCGUGACCUAACAUAAGUAAAAGCGUACUGACCAGUACAAGGUUUUGCUGUUAAUUGUCUUACUGAUAAAGAUGAAAUGUUGGCCA